AUGAAUGACAUCUACAAAGCUGCGGUAGAGCAGCUCACAGAUGAGCAGAAAAAUGAGUUUCGUGCUGCUUUUGACAUAUUCGUGCAGGAUGCAGAAGAUGGCUGCAUUAGCACCAAGGAGCUGGGUAAAGUGCUCCGAAUGCUGGGACAGAGCCCCACUCCUGAGGAGCUCCAGGAAAUGAUCGAUGAGGUGGAUGAAGAUGGCAGUGGCACAGUGGAUUUUGAAGAGUUCUUGGUCAUGAUGGUGAGAUGUAUGAAAGAUGACAGUAGAGGAAAGUCGGAGGAGGAACUGGCCGAACUGUUUCGCAUGUUUGAUAGAAAUGAAGAUGGUUAUAUCGACCUGGAGGAGCUGAAAGCGAUGCUGGAGGAUACGGGAGAGACCAUCACUGAGGAUGAUAUCGAGGAGCUGAUUAAGGAUGGAGACAAGAAUAAUGAUGGUAAAAUCGACUAUGACGAGUUCCUGGACUUCAUGAAAGGUGUGGAAUAA